UGCUCGUUUUCGUUGAACUUAUGAACUCCCUCGGUAAAUCAGAACGGCUAAUGCAGGAAUCAAAACACCAAAACCGGCAGCGUCAUGUAGUAGUUCGUUGUUGUGCGUGUUGCCGACGAUAAAACGCGAGAACAAGUAUCCCAGAGAUACCAAUAAUAAAUGUACACAUAUUUAUAAUAUAUAUAUAUAUAUAUCUACCAUAUACACAUCGGGCGAAUACCUUUAACCGUAGCCAUGGACAAAGUGCAAAACAUUUGUGGAAUUUUACCAAUUUCCAUAUACAACUCCCUCUAAAGUACUUGAUAAUAAUAUUUUUUCAAACGAUUUAAGCAACUUUAUAUUGGUAGUAGGGAGUAAGUGUGUAAACUCGAGUGUGUGUGUGUGUGUGUGAGUACGGUGUGCGGUAGGGAAAACACAAUUGCGAAAAUUCAGCUAUACUGGCCACCGAAUGGAUAAUGGGUAUUUGUUUAGACACAGAUGCCAGCGCGGCACAAGAUACCGGCGAACCAGGCAACGAUUGGAGUCUUACACGGAAUCGAAAUGCCCAAAAUGCUGGCGAUUUGGAGGCAGCUGCGGCUAUAGGACAUUUGGGUACUACCAAUGUCGGCGGUAUCGAUAUGCAAAAUGCUGGAAAAAUCAAAUUCGAUCCGCCCAAAGUGCCAGUGAUAUUUGUUUUAGGCGGCCCAGGUAGUGGCAAGGUCACCCAUUGCGACACUUUCAUGCAGGAGCGACGCGGUGUAACGCACAUCAAUAUGAUGGAUCUGCUGCAGCAAUAUGCAAUGGGCAAUGACAUGCAGGACUUUUCGCAACUAUCGUCGAAAACAGUCACUGAGGUGCUGAUGUUGGAAAUGAAAAUGGCUCCAGCUGCCAAAGCAUACCUAAUAUCUGGAUAUCCACGCUCAAUGCGCGACGUUGUCGAGUAUUCUGAGAAGAUUCAAGUCGUGAAUGGCGUGAUCCUAAUAUCCUGGCGUCAAUCGGUUCUACAGAAGCAAAUCGAUUAUGGGGCCAAAUUAGGUCAUGUAGUACUCUCCUUAGCCAAAAUGGAAUUGGAAAAUUUCUUUAAAAAUGUGAUGCCAGUUGCCGAUUAUUUUGAUCAGAGCGACAUGUUGUUGGCCGUUAAUGGCGAGCGUGCUCCCACAGAGGUGUACAAAGACUUUCGCACCGCUGUCCUCGAUAUACUGAGCACCCUCGAGAACCAAGAGGCCGUGAUGAAUGGAGUUACAGGUAUGGGCAGAGGGAUACAUGAUAUACCCGGCAGUAUAGUUAGCGUAGACACCGCACCAAGUCAAGCCCAACAAGCGACUCAAAUUGCAGAAGUCAACGGGACCAAUACCAAUGCCGAGACAACGGGAACCGUUUUGGCCAGAGAUUUGGCCAUCGAACGGAUCGAUGGUGGACCAAAUGGAGGUGUUGCAACCCUGAAAACGGGAACCACCAGUGCUGAUGAUGACAGCGGUGUUGUGAUCACUCAACAGCCAAAGUUGCGACCGGAUGCUGGAUCAGAUGAAUCAGGCCUGCCACCCAUUAUCUGGGUGAUCGGCGGUCCGGGCAGCAAUAAAGCCACACUUUGUCUUAAAGCUGUUGGUCUCAAUCCUGGCUGGUCUCAUAUCAGUGUCGGUCGUCUCUUACGCAAUAUUACCGACUCUGCACCACGUGCCAAUACGGAAAGCUUUGCUGUCAAGGAAGCUUUGGCCGCUGGGGAUAUGGCCCCAGAGAAAUCCCUUAACCAGCUGCUGGAAACCAAUCUUCGCCAGUUACGAGAUAGAACUGGUAUCAUCAUAGAUGGGUAUCCCAGGAACCUGCAGCAGGUCAAGUACUUUGAGAAUAAGUACAAACAACGACCUCCUAUUAUCCUGCUCGAUUGCUCGAAACUUCAGUUAGGCAGAGGACGUAUAGAUGACACUGUAUCCUCAUUUCGCCGGCGAUUGGAGCUCUUUCGUGAGCAGACCCUGCCCAUGCUGAAGAUUCUCGAUACCAGCAAUCGUUUGCAGAUUGUUGAUGGAGACACUGAUAGUCCAUCUGUACAGCGUGAAUUCGAGCGCCUCAUCCGAAGUCACAUCCAUCGUUUGUUGAACAAAACAGAUGACACGGAUGACACGGCCACUGUGGGUGAUCAAAUGAUGCGAAACGAGCAAACGGAUGCGAUUCUCCAUGAUUUGGAGACCAAUGUACCGGGAGCAGUGCCCACAAUAAGUCAUCAUGUGAGCAUGAUGAACGGUCAUCUGAAGAAUCGAGGAAGUGCCUUGGGCAGUGGCAAGCAUCAGGGGCAGAUGAUGAAUGGACAUGUUCCAGGCAGACCCGGAACUGGACCGGUAGGCCAACCCGUGCCCGUUGAUUUCCGGCAUAUGCUCGAGGAGGCCGAAAGAUAUCCGGUUGAUUCGUACAUGUAGAUUCUCAAGGGAAUCAAAGUUUUAUAGUUUUCUAAUGGACCUAGACUAAGCGUGUAUUGUUAAUGAAGGUUUGUUGAAUUUUCGAAUGCGGUUCGAGGGACCAAUGCGUAUGUUAGUCCGGCUAGAUUAAGAGUUAGAAGAAUUCAAUUCAAUAUUUUAUUUCACUAGACUUAGCCUAAGAGUGCCUUAGGGGUAGCCGUAAAUUAAAUUUCAAUAAAAGCUAAAAGAAGUUCAA